UGAAUAGGACUACAUCUUUCGCACCUUUUCACAUCUUUUUGUUCUUCUAUAUCUUGACUGUUUCUUAUACUGUUUGAAAAUUCAGUGGGGUUUCAAGAUUCCAAAAGAAAAAAGUGCCAUCAAAUCGGGAAAAACGAGCAACUGAAACAGAAAUAUUAUGCAGAAAUACAAGACUUACGACACCAAGGAGGAGCUGCCAGCGGAAUUAUCAAGCAACAAAUUAGUCAAACUGAUCCCUGAUCAGAAUAUCUCCAUCAUACCCGAAUACACGUUAGAAUCAGGCGUUACAUUGACGAAUAUACCCAUCGCUUGGAAAUCUUGGGGAAAGCUGAAUGAUAGAGCAGAUAAUUGUAUGGUUAUCUGUCAUGCACUGACCGGUAGUGCAGAUGUAGAGGACUGGUGGGGACCGUUAAUGGGAGCCAGAAGAGCAUUCGAUUCUACAAAAUUUUUUAUUAUCUGCUGUAAUGUUCUGGGAUCGCCUUAUGGGUCUGCCUCACCUUUGACGAUCAAUCCAGAAACAUAUAAACCCUAUGGACCAGAAUUUCCAUUAGUGAGUGUGAGAGAUGACGUUAGACUUCAUCGUUUGAUAUUGGAUUAUCUUGGUGUAAAGCAAGUCGCUAUCUGUAUCGGUGGAUCUAUGGGAGGAAUGCAAGUAUUAGAAUGGGCACAGUUUGGAAAGGAAUAUGUGCGUACAAUUGUACCCAUAGCUACUUCAGGAAGACAUUCAGCAUGGGGAAUCAGCUGGGGAGAAGCUCAGCGUCAAUCCAUCUAUAGUGACCCUAAUUAUGAUGAUGGUUAUUACACUGAAGAAAAUCCUCCAAACGUGGGUCUUUCAGCCGCACGUAUGUCAGCAUUACUGACUUACAGAUCAAGAAAUUCAUUUGAAUCGAGAUUUGGACGUAAGGCAGCAGGUUUAUCCAAACCCAAGGUGAGGCCUCAAUCACCUGGUGAAGCCAACCGUUUAAUACACAAUGAUGGACACCAUGAAAUUCCACCUCCGCCAUCAUCAUCAGCAGCAGCAGUAGCAGUCGUCUCGGGCGAACGAGAACCUGAACAUGUGACCAUCAACGACCCACCUAUGCCAACACCCUUUGUCUUCUCGGCACAGUCGUAUCUACGAUAUCAAGGAAACAAAUUCAUCAAUCGAUUUGACGCUAAUUGUUAUAUUGCACUCACAAGAAAAAUGGAUUCGCACGAUCUUUCGCGUGGAAGAGACGAGGAUUAUCAUGCUAUUCUGGCUUCUAUCGACCAGCCAGCGCUUGUGAUCGGUAUCGAGUCAGACGGCUUGUUCACUAUAUCAGAGCAAUACGAAUUAGCGGAGGGUAUGGCAGAUACAGAAAUGAUUGUGAUUCAGUCGCCUGAUGGCCACGAUGGAUUUUUGCUGGAGUUCGAUCAGAUUAACCGGCAUAUCCUUACUUUUAUUAAACGAGUUCUUCAUGAAAUAUACAGCGCUUCGACCAUCAGCGAAAAAGAGGCUGAGAUGGAAGAGAAUCUAAAAGCGACAAAGACCAGCCUUUUUGGAGAGGCAGAAGUGGAUAUCACUCAAUGGUAAGAAAGGGACUUCCUAUAGGAGGUCUUUUUGUUCAUGUGUCAUAAAACCCACCAUUCGAUUGUUUUAUUAUAUACAAUGAUUCGUUUUUUUGAAACAAAAAUACAUACUACUUUGAAAUAAAAGACACCUAGGUUCAAUAGGUGCGUUGGGUUGGUGCAUGUGUAACAAAACAUUAUCCGUGCGUGCGUGUGUAAGUUUAGGCAAUAGGUCACUGAAAAAGAAACAGCUGUCAUCUUUUUGGACUUUUUUUAAUUGUUCAACUCCCCGCUACUCUCAUAAACAAGGCAGAUGUCCCAACAAGUGCCAUUUCAACGGAUAUAAAUGAG